CACCUGCAGAGACGCCAGGCACCAACCUGCACCUCGCUCGCCCGGGUCCGGGGUCCGCCAGCGGCGGGCUCGUCCCGACGCUCUAGCCCACGGGGAGGCGACGCCGGAAGUCUCGACUGCUCUCCGCGGGGCGGGGCCGCCCGCCGGCCUCCGCGCUCCCCCCGCCCCGCGGCUCCCACCGGACGUCCGGGAGGAGCCCUCCCGCUCUCCGCGGCGGCGUGGGCAGCUCUCCUUCGGUGAUUGCCAAGGACGCUGGGCUGCGAAGUGGCAAAAGGGAACACGUGUUUUGGGACCAGGUUCCCCACCAGCCUGUCCUCAAGUUAGACAGCAGUCUCCAGGAAGCAGGAUGUCAGUGCCUCUGGGGAAACUGGUCUUUUUCAGCAGCGUGGCCACUAGCGGGACGUGCACCCUCUUGUAUUUCCUGAUACAGAAAAUGUUCUCUAGGGCUUCCUAUUACCAGCUGGCACUGGAGCAUCUGCACAGCCACGCUGAGGCCCUGGAAGCCCUGGGCACCCCUCUCAGCGUUCACUAUCUCCAGCUUACCGACAAGUACAACUUUGAGGACAUCGCCGAUGCCCAGCUGAGGAUUCCGGUCUCUGGACCCAAGUCGGAGGGCCACCUCUACGUCAGCUCGUCCAGAGAGGGCCCCUUUAGGAGGUGGAACCUUCAGGAGGUCUUCUUGGAGCUCAGGGAUGGGCACCGGAUUCCCGUGUUCAAGCCCAGCGGGGAGGGGCCCGCGAGGUGAGAGGGGCGUGGAGGAGGUCGAGGCCGGCCGCCCUGGAACCGGGCCCCGUCGCCACGGGCCUGCGCCUGUCGGCCCGUGGUGACCUCCGUGCCAUUCUGCUUUGACCACAGUGAACCCGCUCGUGCUUUUUAAUUUAAUCCUAAACCUGCUGUAACAUCCAAAGUCACCUGGAAGUUCUCUGUAUAGCCCAAAAUAAAAGGAACCGGUUAUCAGUGAUGUUUGC